CCAGCUAGCAUACCGUUAUCUGACGCUCUGAAGGAUGCAAGCUCUGGAUGACAACUUUUUCUACUCAAAUUCAAGAUUAGCCCAUGGGGACCUGGAGAAGGAGAAACAACUGUUGGCUGAAGAGCAGAAGUUGUGCAGAGCGAGGGCGCGCAAGUUCUCCCUGGACACCCAAAGGCGCAGGAAGGCUUUGGAGGAGCGACGGAAACAAUGGGAUGUCCAUGAGCAGCGGAUAAGAGAGAACGCACUGCAGGAGCGAAGACAGAAAGUACAAGAGGCUACUGAACGUUUUCAAAGAGCACAUCUGCCUCCCUCUCAAAGACGCAGGCAAUCUAGCAAAAGGAAUGUCCCAACUUUAGAAGAUGCACUUAACAAUAUCCAAGGCUGCUUACGUUCUGAUAACCAUCAAUCCUCAUUUGUAUCCAUAAGCAGAAAUCACACUCCAUCUCCCAAAACAAGCUCAAAAGUGAAAUCAUCCCCCCAGCAUGCCCUGUCUGCUGUGGAGGCCUACACCAAACUGCUUCAGGAAAGAAGUUUUAUUUCACUUAGAAACAAUCCAGACAUCCAUGAGACCCAGCAGAAGCCAAGUGAUAGCAGUCCACAGGAGGACUCUCUUUCUGACUGUAUUCAUUCUGAGAGCAUCUCCAGCAAGGACAGCCUGGAUUCUGAGGAACCAAAGAAUGGGACCAAAUAUAUUUACUCUUUGUCUCCAGCCUUUUUACUUGACACAGACAAGUGCAUUUCAGACCUGAAGAAGAACUUUCAGCAACCAACCUAUCCACCAGAAACAGCAAUGGGUGAUGCUUUGACACAAUCAAGAAAACUACAUGACCUAAAGCUGAAAAAGCAAAUAGAUUAUGACCUGCUCAAAAAUAAGAAUGGUGUUAACAACUGUUCAUGGGGGACAGCAAAAAAUGAGAAAGCAUCAAAACUGUAUAGCACUGGUCAUUGUAGCAGUAAGUCUACCAAAAAUAGCACUAAUGACUCUCUUAUUGUUUUAACCAGCACCCCCCACAUUAACACAGAACCUGACACCCGCUCUCCCAAACUGGAGUCUGCACUGGACCUGAGACAACCCAAGGCCAACGAUGACAGACAACUCAAACAUCCACCCGCUACAGAAAUCCUUUUGCCUACCAAAAAUGGCAACAGCACUGACUAUUUAUUUGGGGCUUCCAAGCCAAAUGUUGUUUUGAAUAAUUGUAUAAUGGAUUACACUUGUCAAGAGGGAGCUCUUGAGCAAGCGGGAAAAGACAACCUCUGUGUGUCCUCCCAGAAAGAGUUGAGUGCCUCCAUAAACAACCUCAACAAGUUUUCAGAUGCAGAUGACAAAGCUGAGAAGAAAAAAGUGAACACUGAGUUGAUUCACCAUACUUGCCUUAACAGUAAUCAGACCAGUUCUUUUAAGUGCCUCAAAUGUUGUGAAAAGGAGGAGCUAUUGUCCCCAGUGUCCUCAGAAAACUCUCAGAGAAUAUGUGGGCUCCAAUUUAUCAAAGGAAUCUUAAAAAAGCAGUCCAAAUAUAUAUCACGGGAUGCUGCUUGUGUGUGCAACUCUGGACAGCAGCUGACCCUUACAAAGCAAGUAGUUUUAGCAAUCAGGGAUAGCGUCGAACUGACCAGAGCCAAGAACAGGGACUUGGAAAACAACACUGCUGUCAAAAAGAAACUGCGCUGGUUUGAUGAGGUGCAUGUGGACAGUGAAGACAAAGGGCAGAACGCCAUUAAACAAAUACGCAGCAAGUCUUCCAGUCUGUUGCACUCCAAAAACAAUUCAGAGGACCACCAACUUAGCAUCGCCACUGUCUUAGGGGCCAUGAAGACGGGGCCUAGUAUGACCCAGGCAGUCCCCAAUGGUUAUCACUUUACAAGGCACGCAUGGGCAGAUGUUGGGGUCCAAGUCAGCCUGCCUCAACAACAUGGAGAUGAGGUCAAGGUGCAGCAGGGGAACAACAAGGGCAGCGGCCUUAAAGCCAGUACGAAAGAGCGCACUGAAGCGGCUCCUGUUUCUUCAAGGACCAGAAAGGGCAUUCACAUACGACCCCAGUCUGCCACAGAGGUGAGUCAGAUUGCCAGGGCCCAUGGGAGACUGGUAAUGCCCCGCCCGCCUCCUCCUCGGAUGGACGCAAUAGAGGAGCAGAAGGGGCUGGUCACCACUGCUCCAUAUGGCACAGAUCAUGCUAAAGUCAGUAAACCAUCAGAAGACAGGCUAGAAUCAUCAAAUCCAGUGUAUACAAAUAAUGAAUACAGGACGGAUAAUGCUUUUCUGUUCAUGCCUCAUCCACCGUCGUAUACAUGUACAACUGCAGAAAGCAACUCUAAACCCAAGCACCGGUUCAGUCAUCACGACACAAGAGCAGGGAUGAGACACAGUGAAAAAGGCUCUUGUUUAAAGUGCACCCCCACAGAGGAGGAGAUCUCACAGCUCUGGCUCGGAGUUCGUGCCGCUCUGGCAACUAAAGACGCACAAACAGCUCUGAGGCAACAGGUGGUAGACAGUGCACAAAAGGGAAGGAAGAAUUCAGCAACUUUGGGCGUAAGAAAGCCGUCUUACUCCACUCAGCCGAUUAAACAGACUCCUGACCCAGAUAAACAGUUUUCUUUUGCUCCUGCCUUUUGUGACAGAGACUCGUUCCGCUUUGGCCACUUGAGUAAAGAUGAAAUUCAGAAUGGUGGUCAGCAGAGUUGGGUGGACACUAAAGACCCACAGAGGCAUGAAGCACUGCACCAGAGGCAUCAACAAGGAAUCACCACCAUUUCAAUGGAAGAAGAAAGAAUCCUCCAGUCCCUGGACAGACUGAACCACCGGCUGCACUGUGAGCAUGGAGUUGUGGUGUAUGUGUGGUUAACAGCUUCUGGUGAGCUUAAUGACAUAAGCCCAAAGCAGCACAACACCCAGAAACCCAACAAGAAAGGACAAGAACAAGAGGCCUGA